AUUUAGGCCUAUCAGAUGGAACUUGUUACUUGUUAUGGUGCAGUACUUAUCGAUAAAGGCUGGUAACAGGAUGCUAACGUCAACAUUGUUGUGCUCUUUAAUCUGAGACUGGGAAACGAAUCUUUAAAAUAAAAUGAAUCUUAAAGACUUAAAGUAUAACCAAUCAAACAAACUACUUUAUGAGUUUUCCAAAAGACACAUGCUACCUCUUAAUUCUAUCCACACACCUAUACAUUAAAACAUCUACAGAAUAACAAGUGGAAUGACAUCCCGUUUCGUGUCGGGCGGUACCAUCGCCGGCGACGACGGUGAACCGCAGCAGUCCGCAUCCGUGCCACCUUCAAGUAAGACACAAGAAGCCUCGGAAACACAGAAAUGGGACAAAGAAACCAUUAAGAGAAACGCCGAAUGGGAAGCCGUGCAGCGCGACCUCGAAGCUGACCGCCGGAGACGCGAAGAGGCGCGUAGGGCACAGGUCGAAGGGGGUCCAGGUGGGGAGAAUAAGACCUUGUUUGAUAUUUUGCAAGCGAAUAAAGCGGCUAAGCAGGCGGCAUUCGAGGAGAAGACUCGCAUUAGCAACCAGUUCCGCGCGCUGGACGACGACGAGAUCGACUUUCUGGAAAGCAUGCGCGACGAGCAGCGCGUUGAAGAGGAAAGGGUCAAGCGUGAGACUGAGGAGAGGCUGGCUAGCUUCCGGCAGGCGCAGAAGGCUACCGGGACUGCUGCUUCUUCGGGGGGCGCCGAAGACGGUGAUGCCGUGCAUGAAGGUAUCGGCGAUGAUGUUGGGACAUGGUCUGGCGGGGCAAAGAAGCGAAAGAGGCCGGAUAAGGAGGUGAAGACCAUUGUUAAGGGUGUGAAAAGGAGGGCUAGCGGGUCGGAGAAGGAAGUUGAACGGGCGGCCGCACCAGGUAUGAGGUUAGAGGGACCGAAAGCAAAGACGGAAUCAAAGCCUAUACCGAAUGUUAGGGCGGACUCUGACCCGAAGUCUUCGAGACUCGUAGAGGAGAAGGACAAAACAGACCAGGAGAAGCCAAAGCCAAAGCCCAAAUCGAAGCUUGGCCUGGUGGAUUAUGGCUCCGACGAGGAUGACGAGGAUUGAUGCACCUCGGCUGAAGCUUCAUGCUGCUAAUUCAUAAUGGACAUUCGCUUACCGCCGCCACAAUCCCUACAGCUCUAGCCUUGACACAUGUUGAGGCCUAACAAGAUUUGGGAUAUCCGAUGAGAUAUCAAUAUUUAUUCUACAAUGGGUGAAUCGGAAGUCGAGGGUGGAAAUUAUCGGAUCAAUCUAGAUAUUGUUGAUAAAUGAGACCUAUAGUCACAAUGGUAGUGUAGUAAGUCCUGUCGUCUCCGAUAUUCGACUACUAGGUAUGCUCUAAUAUGAGGAGUUAACACGCCAAAUCUACAGACAGACUACUCUUAUUAUAGCGGAUGCAAAAG